GAAACUGUCCCCUGCUACCAAAAUGCCGUGCCUUGUUAUGCAAUCACCAUGCAGUUCAGUCGUGACAUGAUAUACUCUGACAAGGUUUGAUAUUUGAUGGUCAGAUUGUUCUGCUGCAGUCAUGGAUGAAAGCCUGAAACAUCACAACCCAAACCCAAUUUUGACAGCAAAUCCUCUGUCAAAGUUGCUAUUUUGGUGGAUGAAUCCUAUUUUCAAAAUUGGGUACAAAAGAAGACUGGAGGUAGAUGACAUGUACAAUGUUACAAACGAAGACUCGUCAGAAGAACUUGGAAAGAAACUUGAAAGAGAGUGGCAUAUUGAAGUGGAAAAGAAGGAAAAAGAGAAUAAAUCUCCAAGCCUGUUCAAAUGUAUUUUGAGGAUUUUUGGAUUACAUUAUGCCUUAUUAGGAGUGAUUGUGUUCAUUGAAGAAGUAACUAAAGUUAUACAGCCUCUGCUGCUGGGACAGCUGAUUCGCUACUUCACACCAAAGUCUACCAUAACACAGACCGAUGCCUACCUGUAUGCAAUGGGAAUAAGUCUAUCAGCCAUAAUUCUUGCCAUUGCUCACCAUCCAUAUUUCUUCACAGUUCAGCGAAUAGGGAUGCAGAUACGAGUGGCGUGUUGUUCACUUCUGUAUAGAAAGGCUCUACGAUUAAGUAACAAGGCUAUUGGACAGACGACUACGGGCCAGAUUGUCAAUUUGAUGUCCAAUGAUGUCAACAGAUUUGACACAGCAGUGAUGUUCAUCCACUACCUUUGGAUUGGUCCCAGCCAGGCGAUAUUUGUCCUGGUUAUACUGUGGAUAGAGCUAGGUCCCUCUGCACUGGCUGGGUUUGCAGUCCUCCUCUGUCUCGUUCCUGUUCAAAGCCUCAUGGGAAAACUUUUCGCAAAACUCAGACACAAGACGGCAGUCCACACAGAUGAGAGGGUGAAGGUGAUGAAUGAAAUCAUCGGCGGAAUGAGAGUCAUCAAAAUGUACUGCUGGGAAAAGCCCUUUGGGGAAUUUGUCGCUAAGAUUAGAGGAUGUGAAUUGACUUACAUACAACAGUCCAGGGUCAUCUCGGGAUUUCAGGCCUCGGUGUGGACCGUUGGGCCGCGCCUCUUGUACGUGGUGGUGGUUAUUCCAUCGGCUCUGACCGGGGUUGUUCUCCUCCCGGAACGUCUCUACAUUUGUCUAGCCCUGUUGUUUAUACUGACACACACAUUUCUAGGCUGUGUCUUCUUAGCUAUCACAAGAGCAAGUGAAUCUGUGACUACGUUAAAUCGCAUAAAGACAUUUCUACAAUUGGAGGAGCUUGACCAAAGCUCAAUUGAGGACGUAUCGGGACUGCGUCCAAAACCAGCAGACUGUGUUGUAGAAGUGGACCAUCUAACAGCCAAGUGGGAUCCGAAGUUGGAUCAGCCAACAUUGAAUGACAUAUCAGUGACAGUGGGGCCAGGAAAGCUAUUAGCUGUCAUAGGGCCUGUUGGGGCCGGAAAGUCCUCUUUGUUGAUGAGCAUUCUCCGUGAACUACCACUGACAGAAGGAAAUGUCAAAGUUCAAGGCAAGAUUUCCUAUGUAUCCCAACAGCCCUGGGUCUUUUCUGCCAGCCUACGACAAAAUAUCGUGUUUGGAAACAAGUUUGAUGGCACUCACUACAACAAAAUAAUCAAAGCUUGUGCAUUAGAUAAGGACAUUGCAGUAAUGCCAGAUGGAGACAGUACUUUAAUUGGAGAUAGAGGGGUCAGUCUGAGUGGAGGUCAAAGGGCAAGGGUCAGUCUGGCUCGAGCCCUCUACAUGGACGCUGAUAUAUAUCUGUUGGAUGAUCCCCUCAGUGCAGUAGAUUCAGUUGUUAGUCACCACCUCUUUGAAAAAGUAAUUAAAGGAAUGCUGAGAAAAAAGCCCAGGAUUCUAGUCACUCACCAGCUUCAUUUUUUGAAGGAGGCAGACGAGAUCAUUAUCUUAAAAGAGGGCCAGUGUCUUGGAAUAGGAUCCUUCGACACGAUUUCUACAUCUGGGAUAGAUUUCUCUUCACUGUUGAAAUCAAAUGAGGAAGAAGAAAAAGAGAAGCCUCCUGUUGUUGUUUACGAGAGAGCUACCAGCGUGGAUCAUGCCCACUCCAGCCUCCAGAACAUUGGUUCUACCUUCUCGCUAGUUUCCAUAGGAACUGAGUUUGAGCCAGAUCCUAUAAAACGUCCUGAGGAAGAGGAGCGGAGAGAGGGAGGAGUGGGGUGGUGGGUGUACUACAGAUAUUUCCAGGCGGGGUCGGGUCCUCUGAAGUUUUCUGUACUGGUGAUCCUGAACUUGAUUGCACAGGCUGCUUAUAUUCUUAGUGACUGGUGGCUUGCUAGAUGGGCCAACAUGGAGGAGGACAGAGCAGCGAUACUCCAACAGGUGGGGAGUAACAACACGAACAUCACCGUUACCGACAGUAACACCGAUUUUAAUGUGGCCGUCUUCUCUGGGAUAAUAGUGGCAGUAUUUGUGUUUGGUUUACUGCGAGCCUUAAUGUAUUUCAAGGUCGCGGUGGAUGCUGCAAAGCAUUUACACAACAGGAUGUUCAAACGGCUACUUAGAGUACCACUGCGAUUCUUUGACACAAAUCCUGUGGGAAGAGUGUUAAAUCGUUUUUCUAAAGACACAGGGCAUAUGGAUGACAACCUCCCAAUCACAUUCUUUGAUUACAUUCAGUGUGUGCUGCUAAUCCUUGGCAUUAUUAUUGUGGUGACUGCCAUCAUUCCCUACGUCUUCAUCUUACUGGUACCCAUGUGUAUCUUGUUAUAUAUCACACGGAGGUACCACAUUACGACAUCCAGACACAUUAAGAGGCUCGAAGGAACCACUCGGAGUCCAGUAUUUUCGCAUUUGAGUGCCUCGCUCCAGGGUCUGCACACAAUCCGAGCCCUUGGAGUUCAGGAGAGAUUCUGUGAGGAGUUUGACAAUCAUCAGAACCUGCACACAGAGUCUUGGUUCCUCUUUCUUUCCUCCAGUCGCUGGCUGGCAAUUCGACUCGACUGGAUGUGUGGAAUUUUUGUUACCGCCGUAUCCUUUGCCUGUGUCUAUCUUGCUAAAGACUUGAAUGCGGGUUUGGUGGGUCUGCUGUUGACUUACGCCAUGACUUUGAUGGGCAUGUUCCAGUGGGCCGUUAGACAAAGUGCCGAGGUUGAGAGUCAGAUGAUAUCAGUUGAGAGGGUGCUGGAGUAUUCUAAACUGGACACGGAGGUAGACCUGGAUUCCGAUUCACCCCCACCACCUUCAUGGCCACAGUAUGGGAAAAUUAUCGCCAGAAAUGCCAAACUCAGAUAUGGACCAGAAUCGCCUUGGGUGUUUCAGGGAUUAAACUUUGUGAUAAAUGAGAAAGAAAAAGUUGGAUUGGUUGGCCGUACAGGGGCUGGCAAAAGCUCUUUAAUAAGCUUAAUGUUUAGGAUGGCAGAAAUACAGGGUUCUAUCAUCAUCGAUGACUUGGACACGCAGAAGAUAGGACUACAUGAACUGCGAAAUAAAAUAUCUAUUAUACCUCAGGAUCCUGUUCUCUUUACGGGCCCAUUAAGGAAAAACUUGGACCCUUUUAAAGACUCAACUGAUGAACAGUUAUGGAAGGCUUUAGAAGAGGUUCAGCUAAAGCCUGCUGUUGAUGAUCUUCCGGGGAAAUUAGACUCGGAAGUGUCAGAAGAUGGAGCUAACUUCAGCGUUGGUCAGCGACAGUUAAUCUGUCUGGCAAGGGCUAUCCUCAGGCGGAACCAGAUCCUGAUGAUUGACGAAGCUACAGCAAAUGUAGAUCCCAGAACGGAUAGUCUGAUUCAGAAGACUAUACGUGAGAAGUUCAAGCAUUGCACAGUAAUCACCAUAGCACACCGUCUGAACACCAUCAUGGACUCGGAUAAAGUUAUGGUUCUUGAUGAAGGGCAGAUGGUGGAGUACAACCACCCGUAUGUUCUUCUUCAAGACGCAGACGGAUAUUUGUGUAGAAUGGUUCAACAGACAGGAAAAGGAGAGGCUCAAAGACUGCUUGAUAUUGCCAAAUCUACUUACAACAGUAUACCAUUGGAAGAACGCCCAGUCUUGACUAAGAAAAGUGAAACUAUCACAGCCGAUGACAUUUAUUUGUCACAAGAAAAUGGUGACGUGACUUCAUUUGGUGCUAAUCAUGUUCCUCAGAUGCAGGGCGGAACUGAACAUUCAUUUUCCUCCGGUGUAGUCAGUAACAUGUCACCCUCUCUGGAUAGAUCAGAGGAAAACGGGCCAGAUAUCAACGAAGAUAUUGAUGAUUCAGAGACCAGUUCACUACUCACAAAGCAACUGGAAGCAACACCAUGUCGUUCUUCUCAUUCCAUUGAUUCUUCGCCUGAGGAUGAACCACCCACAGAAACCUCUACACUACACCAACAUGCCUCAGAGGCUACUUACCCAAAGGAGGAAUCUAAUGAGGUGUCAGAAACCACAGAAUUGUUAAACGGUGAUCACACAGAUCAGUGAUUGCCCAUCCAUAUCCUGUCACUGUGGUAGAAAAAAAAAGAGAAUCUUUUGAUUAAUUUACAUUAUUUUUUAGAAUAUUUUAAAGAAAUGUGCCUACAAAAUACAAGUAUUUAGUCCUCAUUGACAGUCCUCAAUAGUUAGUCCCUUGGUAACGGUGGGGAACUUAAAUGUACAGUAUCUGCACACAUAUUACAGUGGGUAAUGUUUGAUAUCGAGGAAUGUGAGGAUUAUUAGAAGAUAUAAAUUAGUUUUGAAGAACCUAUUUCUGAUGUAUGAAUUAGCAUUAGUGUUAGCAAUGAGGGGAAAACUAGAAUUUGUGUUAGCUUUAAAGAAUUUACUGGCAUUUAGACAAUGCUGGGUUUGUAAUAUUUACAUAAACCACAAAACGUGGUUUCAAAUUGGAUCUUGACUACGGGUAACCAAGUGUUAGUUAGUCACGGUAAAAGACUGAUGGGAAGUAAAACUCUCAGGUUGUGAAUGCUUGUUCUAUUACUACUAUUGACCAAGAUUUAAGGUAGCAAAAUUAGCAUUGAAAUAGAAUAUGAUUACUAAUAGCCUUUCUAGUUCAAAUCAACAAGCAUUGGUAGCAUUCAGAAUCAACAAACAAAGCAUUUAAGAAAACCUUUGUUGUGCCGUUGCAUGUUACUAGAGUUAGGUCCCUUUACUGUUUUUUAUUUUCUUUUACUGUUUUGUUAUACAUGUAUAUAAUAGAUAUUGUUGUAUAUGUUGGUUCAGCUUAGAUUAGCUGAAUAUGAUACAGUACAUAUCUUUUAAAGUGAGCACCUUACAGCAGAUGUCCUGUAAAAUUUGUACUAAGAAAGUGUAUUGAAUUCAAAUACAUGUAUACUGUUUUUAAAGUGCUAGAGUUUUAGUGUGAAGCCAGUGCUAUAUUGUUUAUAUGUUGUGAAACAGACUGAGGUUUAUUAGCUGUGAAAUAUUGGUAUUUUUUCUCUCCUUUAUAAUUAGCUCACCUUUCUGAUAAAAAUUUCUCUGUCAUUUGUCUUUUUGUUGUUUGACUUUCCUGAUGUUCAACUUGGUUGACCAAGUGAUUUGUAAUAUUUACAAUAGAACACAAAACAUGAUGCCAAAUUGGUUGGAUAUUGAGAGAUGAUUAGAAAAGAUAUGUUUCAAAAGAUGUAUCGAGAGCCACUCGAUCAGAAAGGCCAAAACUUUCGGGAAAGUGCCCUUAUAAAACCGAGAUUCAGUUGUUCACGCCGUGACACUUAGGGGUGUGGUGAAACCAGGAUUUGUGUUCAAAGAUUUCAUGUGACUACAUAGGAAUUUGUUUUCAUUUCAAGAGCCACAAAAAUUGUUAAAUUGAUAUCAAAGCUUCCUCAAGUAGUGUACAUUUCCCAGGGCACCAGAGUAGAGCCAUGAUUGGAGGGUCAUAAGUAUUUACAAAGGAAUUUAUAGAAAUGUGUAAAGUUUUCUUCUCCAGUGAACAAGCACAUGCUUGGCUACAGUUUGUCAAUAGUUUGUCAAUUUGAUAUUUGAACAUCCUUACAUAUAAGCAUAGAUCCAAAUUUGUCUAAACCUGGACGAUGGGUUUUAAGUGUUGCAUAGGAGUAUAUAGGGAAGAGUUUUAACAAAAAUCACAAGUAUUCAAAGUUUUCUAAUCAACAUGGAAGCAACCUCAUCCAAUAAAUACAUUAAAGUUUUAUCAACCAAAAUUUAUGACACCCCUUCCCUCCCUCCUUCCUUGGAGCCACAAUAUAGGUGUAAUGUUUUACACACAAAAAAUCAGAAGGAUAGAAUGUAUUCAAUUGAUGUUCAAUCUUCUCAAAAAUCACAGGAGUAUGAUUUUUAAAAUUAACAUUUAAGCUUCCUCAUGCAGUAUAGAUUCAAGUUUGUUCACACAAUAACAGAUGAGGCCACAAUAAGUGUUAAUGGUUUCAAUCUAUCACUAUUUGUGUCUUCAUCUAUAUGAACAAGGUGAGCUUUGUGGCCCAUGACCCUCCUGUUUUCUAUGUACGAGGGUAGAGUGAUGCUAUAUGGUACAAUUUUUUGAAAUAUUUUAUUUGAUAUUAAACAAACUACUUAUAAAGUAUGGUACUGAAGCAAACUUAAGACAAAUAAACACAGUAUAUUUAGUUGAUGCCAAGGAUAGGAAGUUAAUGAGAUAUUUCUUGUGUUUCAAGAAGUCUCAAUGAUUUAGUUAGGAGUUGAAUAUUGUACACGACAGUUGAUAUUAAUAGAUUUAUUGAAAACGAGUGCUGGUGAAUAUUAGAUCAAGUUCAUAAUUUGUAAUGGUCUAAGAAUUGAUAUAAGAUUUUGUAAGGUAUUUUUCCAAUUUACAUUUUAUAGUAUAUCAUAUUACAUUGCUCUAAUUGUUAAAUGAGUAUGACAUUAUGAUACUGUAACAGUUGAAUCUAUGUAAUGCAAUAUCUGUUUAUUCCCUUUUGCUAAAAAUUCCAACACUUUAUGAAUUCCCAAUAAUGUUUUUUAUUAUCUCUGCACUGUAACUAACAUUGACACAAAUUUAUCUCCUACAGCAUGUCAAAUAUACAUACAUGUAGAUUCGGGGGCAUAUACUUAGUUUUUUGUCUGUCUGUCCAUAUAAAACUUUUCACUUUUGAAUGGUUCGUGAUGUGGCUUUCAUUAUCAUAUAUAAUGUAUUCCAGGUGACAAGACCCACAUUUUUGACCUCGUAACCUUUACCCUGGAGUUUUACCUACAUGUACUUUUGAAAAACUUUUGAACUAGGCCAUAAACGUUUGAAUGUUUAGUGAUGGGCUUUCAUAUUUCACAUGUGUAUCCCUUUUGACAAGACUUCUUUUAGUUCCAAAAUCUUUGACCUUAUGACCUUGACCUGGGAGUUUGACCUACUAUUGAAAAAUUAUAACAUUAGCCAUAACUAAUGAAUGGUUAGUGAUGUGGAUAUCAUAUUUCACUUGUCUGUUCCUUGUGACAAGACCUUUCUUUGAGUAACAUAAUUACUUUGCUGUAAUAUGGGGUCAUCAGUGUUUCACAAACACAUCUUGGGUUUUUUGUCGGUUUGGGUUUUUUUUUUUUUUUUUUUUUUUUUUUUUUUUUAUAUAUAUACAUCAUGCCACUUGGCUUUUUAAAACACCAGUGAAAUCAUCAAUGGAAUGUCUCAAGAUACAUGCAUAAUAUUAAACAGUCUGAGAAAACAGGAGAAAUCCAUAAUAUUUGACCAAUAUCUCUUUCUGCAAUGGAUCUAUAGGAAUACAAAAUAACAUGUCAUUUUAAUAAAUGUAGCAUGUCUUCACAAUUUUUAAUUUAAUUUUUUUUUUAUUUGCAAAAAAAAAAGAGACACAAUUCAAUACAUAUACAUAGUUGAUAGUGUAUGUUGCAAUUUAUUCUUGUUUGUUGUUCAUAAACAUUGGGGCGUUUUUAACUUUUUUUCAGAAACUGCUGAUUCAGUUUUUAGAUUACCUGAGCCAAAGGCUCAAGUGAGCUUUUCUGAUCAAAAUUUGUCCGUUGUCUGUUGGCGUUGUAAACUUUUUACAUUUUCAUCUUCUCCAGAACCACUGGGUCAAUUUCAACCAAACUUGGCACAAAGCAUCCUUGAGUGAAGGGCUUUCAAGUUUGUUCAAAUGAAGGAUCAUGCCCCCUUCAAAGGGGAGAUAGUCACAAAAAUGCAAAAUUAGGGUCGGGUCAUUCCAGAGGAGCUGAUCCCCAUGGGUAGGUUUGGGCCACAAUAGGGGAUCAAAGUUUUACAUAGAAAUAUAUAGGGAAAAUCUUCAAAAAGCUUCUCAAGAACCACUGAGCCAGAACUGAGAUUUACAUGAAAGCUUCCUGACAUAGUGCAGAUUCAAGUUUGUAAAAAUCAUGGCCCCCAGGUGUUUGUUGGGGCCACAAUAGGGGAUUGGAGUUUUAUGUAGAAAUAUAUAGGGAAAAUCUUUAAAAAUCUUCUUCUCAAGAACCACUGAGCCAGAAGAGCUAAGAUGCACAUGAAAGCUUCCUGACAUAGUGCAGAUUCAAAUUUGUUCAAAUCAUGGCCCCCGGGGGUAGGUUGGGGGUUACAAUAGGGGAUCAGAGUUUUAUGUAGAAAUAUAUAGGGAAAAUCUUCUUCUCAAGAACCAUUGGGCCAAAGAUGUUGACAUUUACAUGAAAGCUUUCUGACAUAGUGUAGAUUCAAGUUUAUAAAAAUCAUGGCCUCCAAGGGUAGGUUAGAGCCACAAUAGGUUUUACAUGCAAAUAUAUAUGAAAAGUCUUCAGAUAUGGGCCAAGGUGAUUCAGGUGAGCGAUGUGGCUCAUGGGCUUCUUGUUGUUUAGGGCUUCUUUAGUUUAUGGGAACCAAAAUUGUAAAUGUUAUUGGCCCCUGUUCUGUUUGGGGCUGUAAUGAAGGGGCCAAAAGCUCUACAAAUAGUGCAAUGUUACUCCUGAACAUGUAACUCGUGCAGUAGUAGAUAUUAAUGUUCAUUUAUAUAGCACCUCUAUCUUAUCAACACAAAUACCCUAAAACACUUUACACCUAAAACAAAGACCAACAGAUAAACAAAAAGGACAUGGAAUGAUAAUAAACUGAGGUUAACAUAGUAACUAAGUGUAAGCAAAACCUUAAAAGAUUAUCAAAGACAAACUAAAUGUUUAUGAGAAUGGGAUGGGUUUUGUUGGGGGGGGGGGGGGUGUUGUUGUUUUUUAUUAUAAUCUGUAAAAACAACUGUUUACAUUAAUACAGAAUUACAAAUUAAAUGCAAGUUUAAAAA